GGCACACAACGAUAAGACCCAUCUCGCAUUUGUGGUGUCGCACGAAGUCUUUGCAACUGUAGGGUGCCAUGUUUCUGGCCUAUAAUGGCGCGUCCACGCGUUCUCCCCCAUGGCGUUCCAAUCAGCGACAGUCAUUCGUCCGUCUCGUACGGAAAGAGCUCACCCAGCCCUAGCCCUUAAUCUGUGACUCUCCCAUUCGUCUAGACUCUCGUAUAUCCGUAGCCUUAUCUCCUCCUUGUCCUGUCUUCAGCCUAUCUUUAGCAGCGAUCAUGGCCGAAGCGUUCGGCCAUGGCCAUCCGUUUGACCUAAUGGAAGCCUUAGAAGAGGCGGAGCUCACAGGAACCGCGCAUCGGGCGCAUAGCGCCACGCCGUGGGACCCUAACGCGUGGGAAUGGGACAGCCUUAUGCUGUUACCACAUCCCGCCGCUUCCAACCUCCCCACAUCCACCACGGAAUCCUCUUACUUCCCACUCGCGCCGUCCAACACCCAACUGCACCACGAGACGCACCAAGAUCCACAUGUAGACGCCCAUUCGCAAGUGUUUCCUUCACUAUUGGAGCCCGCUUCUCACGCCUUAUCCGUGAAGAACCCAGAAGCGGAUCUAGCGAACCCGGCGGGGCUAUUCCCGCAGCUUGAUCUGGCGGUCAGCAGAGGUCUCGCGCUGCUCACAGGCGACGAAGACGGCCUGGAGGUAGGAGUAACGGCCGGUUUUGCACCUAAGAGAAAGGAGCAGCCGCCAACCCCGCUGGAUUCGGACUGUCCUAAUUUUAGAGCCGGUAGAGUGCCGUGUGAGUGUACGCAAGCGGACGGGCAGCUCGCCGUUAAGCGGCAGCGAUUCCAAGGCCGCGGAGGGACGAUUCCAGGAGUCCGCGCGUCGUCAGGUCGCAAGGGAGAUAAGGGCGCGCGGAAACGCGGGGCGGAAGCGGAAGGGGCUGGGUCGCAGGCGAUCGGAGGGCCGGGUAACGUGCAUUGUCAAGUGGACGGCUGUGAUGUGCUCCUGUCGUCCCUGCGCGAGUAUCAUCAACGGCAUCGGGUGUGCGAGGCACAUGCGAAGGCGGGUUCCGUGGUGCAUGAGGGGAUCGUUCAGCGCUACUGCCAGCAAUGCGGUCGCUUUCAUCCCAUCGGCGAUUUCGACGAGGCUCGUCGCAGCUGCCGUCGCAAGCUGCAGCGACACAACAACCUGCGAAAGCACAAAGCGGUCAAGCCACCCGCCGCCGCCUCCGCUUCCGCCUUCCCCCCAUCCCCACCCAAUACCAGGGGGGAAGGAGGAGGGUCGCCGGAGAAAAGCAGCAGUGGCGGAAGCGGAGGCGACGGCGCUGGCGGAGAAACCGGCGCGGCGUCGGGGGAGGCGGAGACUAAGCGGAACAUUCACGAGGGAGCACCAGGAGGGCAGGCGAGCGGAGGGAUUGCAUUAGGCGGUGCGGGGAAGGUGGGGGAUGAUGACGGCGGGAGGGGAGUGCAGGUGCGUGAAGGGGAGGAGGUGAAGGUGAAGCUAUCUCUGGUGGCGGACGGCAUGCUGUCGCUGCACCACGCGCAUGGCAUGGCCGCAUCUGGGUCUGCUUCCAUGAGUAGCGACACUGGCGAGAGCAGAGGCGCAGGGCGAGGGAGGCACGCGGAGGGGCAGGCACAGGAGGAAGGCGAGCGGAGGAGCGGCGGAGAUAUUGGUGGUGCGGCAAGACGUAUGUGCCAGUCGGCUCCUACCGCUGCGGCUGCGCCCCCUGCCGCUGUUCCUACUGCGGCUGUUACCUCUGCUGUUACUGCCACUGCCACUGCCACGGCCAGUGGAACUGCUGCGAUUCUUCCUGGCGGUAUACCCGCUGCUCGUUUCGCCCCUGCUCCUCCUCCUCUUCCUCGCGCCGGACCUCUCUCCGUCGCCCCCUCUCCUCCCUUUCCCGGUCCGCCUCCGGCCCUGCUGUCGCUCCCCAUGCUGCGGGACCCAAGAAGCGCGGGGGCUGCCACGUGCGCCCCUGCUGCGAGGGGUGAUCACGCUGUUCCUGCCGCUGCCGCCGCUGCUGCUGCUGCUGCUGCUGCUGUCGAUGUUGGUGCUGGCAGCGAUGCGGACGGUGCUUCAGGCAACGCGUCGGCAACGCGUCGGCCCUCUGUGGGAGCAGAAGGGGGAGCGGAGGCAUCAGCGCCAGCUGGGGUUGCGGCGCAGGCAGUGGCGGCUACGGCGGUGGCAAGACCCGUGAAACGAGCGGCUGCCACGCGUAUAGCAGCAGCAGCUGCUGCUGCCGCCCCUCCUGCUGCGGCCACGGGUGCUCAUGAUGCGUCUGCGUCGGCGGGUAGUAAGGGAAAGGUGCCUGGCAACAGGGUGACGACGAGCAGCAAGCUAAGGGCGCGCGCUGACGAUGGGACGAAAGAGACGGAGGGGGAGGGCUCAACGGAUGUGGCUUGCGGACAGGACGCAGCAGGGGGGUGCUGCGGGGAUGGCGCACGCGAGAGGGCCGCAGGGAAGCCGCGGAAGGAGGGGAGAGGGUCGGCGGCUGGCAGGAAGAAGCAUGGGGGAGCGGAGAGAGGGGGGUGCGCGGGGAGCCAGGCGCAAGGGGGGUCGGCACAAACAGCAAGCCUGGGCAUGGUGGGCGGUCAUAUGCAGGGGGUGGUUGGGUUACCCAUUGGUGCAAGCCAUCAGGGGCCGCAUAAAGGCAUGGGCAUGGGGAUGGGCAUGAGCAUGGGAAUGGGUAUGGGAAGCAUGCCUAUGGCGAUGGGCAUGGGUCCGUAUGGAAUGGGGAUGCCACCUUAUGGCAUGCCCAUGGGUAUGAGUCCAGGUAUGGGUAUGAACGUGCCACCUGGUAUGGGCAUAGCUAUGGGCAUGGGCAUGGGGAUGGGAAUGGGCAUGGGGAUGGGCGUAGGUAUGGGCUUGAACAUGGGGAAUCCAAUGGGAGGAAUGACGAGUGACCAUCCCAUGCCACCCAUGCCUAUGGGUAUGGUCAUGGGUCCUGGCAUGGGCAUGGGUCCUGGUAUAGGCAUGGGUAUGCCCCAUGGGCAUGCGUACAUGCGGGCACAUGGGCCUCCGGGUCAAGGCCAUGUGCAUGCGCCCAGCACAGGCAUGGGCGCAACGCUCGCAGCAGGAUUGGUUGAAACAGUGCCAGCAGGAGCAGCAGCAGCAGCAGCAGCAGCUGUAGCAGGGGCGACAGCAGGCGCGGCAUCAGAGGCAGUGGCGGCAGCAGCGUCUGCAGCAGCGGGGCAGUCCGAGUCACUGUCAGGGCCAGAGGGGAGCGCAGAGGGGCUGCAGGCAGCGCCGUGCGUGGGGGCAGCAGGCGGCAGUGAUGCGAUGGUGCAGGGCGCAGGCAGUGAGUCGGGCGCAGGGAAGGAGGUGCAGUCCCUGGUGACAGCAGCAGCGCCGACUGUUACUGAUGUGCCAUCCGGUGCAGGAGAUAUGGACAUAAGCGGCCACUCCGAUUCUCCUGCCCCUGCCGCUGCCCCUGCUCCUGCUCCUGCCCCUGCUGAUCCUCCUGCUGCUCCUCCGGCUACGGCUGUAGCUACGGGCUGCUGCAAGUCUGCACGUGCUCGUCCUGCUCCCACCCCCAUGCCCCUGCGCCCUUCCCCCUCCCCCUCUCCGCUUUCCUCUGAAGGGGACGCUGCGAGGAAGACGGACGAGGGGAGGAGCGCGGAUAAGGGGUGGGAGGAGGAGAGCAACGGGGGGAGUGAGGAGCGGAAGGAGGGGAGGGAGGAGGGGGGGCAGAGUUCGGACGAGGAUGGGCGACUGGCGUCGUGGAUGGAAGCGCGCUUGACGUGCGGGGAUGCUGGUAAGGGGAGUGCAGGUGGGAGAGGUGGUGCUGCUAGGCCAUCGCCAGUUGGUGGUGAUACGGUUGGUGAUGAUAGGGUUAGCGUCCAGGCAAGUGCUUCUGGACCGGGCGUGGCACGGAGUAAAGGAGAGGCCGUGGCUGUGGUUGGGGAGAGCAAAGGGCGUGGGACGAGCGAGAGGGAUGUGGGGGUGGGAGGGACAGGACUAGAAUGCUGCUGUGGCGUGAAGGGGAGUGAAGGGGAGAAGAGUGCGGAGGUAGGAAGCACUAGGGAAGGGGGAGUGGACGUUGAGAGGAGAGGUGGUAGAGAUGGCAGAUGCCAUGAGAACGAUCAGACGCAAUUGACAGAGCAGCAGCAGCAGCAGCAGCAGCAGCAGCAGCAGCAGCAGCAGCAGCAGCAGCAGCAGCAGCAGCGGCAGCAGCAGCGGCAGAAGCAGCAGCAGCAGCGGCAGAAGCGCCAGCUGGAUGAGGCACAGGUACGGGAACAGGGGAUGGAGAAGCAGCAGGCGUUAGAGGGGGUAGGGGAGGCAAAGGAGGGCCCAACGCAGGGCGGCCGGAGGGAGGAGUUGGUGCAGGGCGAGCAGCGGAGGGGAGGCGAUGAGCAGCGCACGGGGCGCAUCUCACUGAAGCUCUAUGACUGGAACCCGGGGGACUUCCCCCGCCACAUCCGACACCAGGUCCUAGAGUGGCUGUCGCGGAUGCCAUCUGACCUGGAGGGGUACAUUCGCCCCGGCUGCACGCACCUCACACUUUUCACUCGAAUGCCCGCACGCGCAUGGACUCAGAUGGAGGAGCACCCCUCGCCCUUCCUCCACAGGCUGCUGUACCCCCCCCAACCACCCUUGCUCCACUCCUCCCCCCUCACGCCCGCCUCGCCUACGUGGUGGUCGGUGGGCGCCAUGGCAGUGCAGCUGGGCACCCACAGCGUGCAGCAGCGCCUGCUCGUGGACCAUGGCGUCAUUCGUUCCACCAAGCAGCUCUAUCCGUCAGCAUCCGCACCUCGCCUCCAUCGCCCCCCGGGCCUAUUCGCCCUCCCACUCUCGCCCUCACCCUCCCACCUGGUCCUCCGAGCGUCCAACCUGCCUGCCAGCACCAGGGUGAUGUGCUCUCUGGCGGGACGUUACCUGGUCAACACUGCCACUCACGCCAGCCUUUUCAACGCUGACGGGUUAGGGCAGGCAGAGGAGGGGGAGGAGACGGGGGGCAAGGGCGGGGAAGUGGAGGCGGAGGGAGGGGAGGAGCACGGGGAGGAGGAGAUCUCUGUCGUUCUUCCUCCUCUCACCACAUGGGGCACACUUCGUGUCGAGGUGGAAACGUCUGCUGGGCUUUGUCAACCCCUGCCCCUGCUUGUGGCCGCUGCACCCAUCUGCACCGAACUGCACUCCCUCCUCUCGCCCUCCGCCUCUCCUCCCUCCCUCCUCGGUCGUCUGCCAGGCGUAUCCCUUCCGUUGCCCACCCUACCAUACUCACGAGCAUCAACGCAGACAGCAUGUGGAGCAUCAGCCGACGCAUUACCGGCAAGUGCGGCCCUACCAUCAGAAGCAGCAGUGGCAGCAGUGUUUUCGGGAGUGUCUCAACUGGCUGACAUGCUCACAUGGGGUGGCGUGUGCCGCUGCCAAGACUGUAAAUGCGGUCUUGGUGCUUCCUACACUGCUUUAACUGCUGCCUCCGCUUCGUGUGGAGGGGAGAGGCGUUUGGGAAGUGCGAGGGAGGGGGGAAGUGGAGCAGAGGAGAGAGGGGAGGCACUGGAGAACGAAGGCGGAAGGAGGGACGGUGUUGGAGGGAUUGAAGUCCCUGGAACGGUGGAAUGGGAGGAGGGGGGAGAGGGGGAGGAGGAGGAGACAGGUGAUGCGAUGAUGGGGGAUGGGGCAAGUGAGAUGAAUGAGGGGGAGGAUGGGAGUGAGGAUGAGGAAGUAAAGAGUGAGGAUGAGGAAGUAGGGAGUGAGGAUGAGGAAGUAGGGAGUGAGGAUGGUGCUUGGGAGGACCGUGAGGAGGGAGAAGGUAGUGUGGAAGACGAGAUGGGGCAUGAGCCCCAAGCAAGGCAUGAGCAGCACACUGGCGAGCAACAGCUGCACGGCAAUCAGCUGCAGCAGGAGGAGCAGCAGGAGCAGCAGGAGCGGGAGGAGGAGCAGCAGGAGGCGAUGGUGAGUGAGUGGAUAGAAGACAUGGGGUGGGUGCUGCGCAAGCUAACCAUGCCGCUCCCUCAGGCAGCAGCAUCCGUGCUGAGCCGUCAGCAUGAGGUGCAGCGCGUGCAUCACCUGCUCUCCCACGCCGUCACGCACGGCCUACCUGCCACCUCCUCUGCUCUCCUGCACUGGGCUGCCCGCCUCGCCAUCCUCACCGCUGCUUCCCAUGCCACUCCUGCAUCGCAACCCAAUGCACCCGCUGCUUCGGCCAUUGGUGCCGGUGCGGGUUCUGCUGCUGCUGCUUUUGCUCGCAGGGAGGCGAUGCGGGAAGUUGUGGAGGCAGUGGGGUGGGAUGCGGUGAGUGGGUGGUCUCUUCUGCACGUGGCAGUGGCGCUGGGGAAUGAGCCGCUUGUGGAUCUGCUGCUGCGAUUCGGCAGGGGCGACAUGGGCCGUGGCGAGCACAGCAUGGAUAACAGGGAUCCCAGCAGCAGGGAUGAGAACACGGAGGGCAUGGGUGGGUCUCAGGGCUCACUGUUCAGCCUCGGAAUAGAGCACAUGCUGCUACGUAUUACAGACAAUCCAGCAACGCCACCAGCAGCAGCAGCGGCAGCAUCAGCAGCGUCACCACCAGCAUCUCCCUCUUGCCAUGCACCCUCCUCCUCCAGUCCCCUUUCCCCAUGCUCUCUCGCCCAUCGCCCAUGGUGGUCACCUGUGGCUGCAGGGCCGGGGGGGGUGACGCCCCUGCAUGUGGCUGCUCGCCUGGCCGCGCUGCCCUGUGCCAACUCGUGCGGGUGCGGGCAGCUGAGGGUCAGCGAUGCACAGAGGGCCGCAGCAGCCCGCAUUGCAGCCAAGCUGCAGGCGCACCUUCUCCCCCAUGAGGUGCGCAUCCCCCCCAUCAACCCCAUUCCCCCUCGCCCUCUUACGUACGCUCAUCUUAGGCCCCCCGUAUCCGUCCACCCAUAUAUUCGCUCCCAUUCAUGUGAUUGUCCUUCCCAUUUUCCUUGUCUUUCCGCUCUGCUCAUGUGCACCCUGCUCCCUCGGUCUGUCUGUCGGUCUGUCUGUCUGUCUGUCUGUCUCUGUAUACUCCAUUCCUUGCAGGCUGUAUGGUGGCGCACGAACGCAUCAAUCAUCGUCCAACAACCCGCAGGCCCAUCCUCAUCCCUCCCAGAAGCGCCCUCUCACUGUGGCUGCGCAUGUGCUGCCGCUCCUCUCGCACGUGCAUCCCCAUCGCCAACCCCAUCCCCUCCCGCCCCCUCACUCACUCUCCUCCCCUCCAGCAAUGCCUGCUGCUGCUCUUCCACCCCCCUCGCCCCGCCUCCUCCCACCUCCUCCUCUUGCUGUGCUCCUUCCGGAACUGCUCCUCCCAAAACUGCUCCUGCAUCACAUCUCCCCUUCUCGCGUUCUCCUUCUCGCCCCCCUGACACUGCCUCUCAUGGUUCACGUAACAAUGCACCUGCCAGGGUCAGUGCUGAUGCCACGGCACAGCACUCAGCACUGCCCACCGCAGCACUUCCCACAGCAGCAGAGCCUGCAACACAGCACGUAGCAGAGCAAAUGGGGCCCAAGCUUGUGUGUGCUGCACCUGGCAGGAGUUGCUGUGGGUCGGCUCCAAGCAUUGAUGCAGCUGAGGACAGAAACCAGGGCAUUGUUCUCGUGGAAAGGACCGCCAAGCCGUGUUGCACUCGUGGCCGCAGCAGCGGUGCCAGUAUCAGCGGCAGUUUUGACAAAGCUGCCAGCAGCGCAGCAUGUAAGGGGCACGUGCCACUAUCAUCCUGUGCUGCAUAUACUGCUGCCGUGGAGGGUCAUGGAAGGGAAGAAACGACCCAGCAUUGUUCAGCUGAAGAAACGGAUCAGGCAGCAGAGGAUGCAGGCGAGGCAGACUCGUCCCGAGUGACUUCAGCAGCACGCUUACAGAGCGCCUCUGAGGAAGGGUUAACAGAUGCCGGGUGGAUGGAGCACGCACGCAAGAAGCAGAGGACAGAGAGAGGGUGCUGGGGCUUCCGGGGAGGAGUGAGUAAGACAUGGCUACCUGUGCUGGCAGUGGGUCUGGUGACAUGCGCGUCCCUCACCUACUGCCAAGCUCACUCUAUGCCCUCCACUGCCGCUACGGACACCGCUGGAGCAGCAGACACGCCCAUUAGUCUUGUCGGCUCUGCCCCUGGUGUGCUGAUCAGCUUCUUAAUGCGGUCCUUGCACCGGCAACCCUUGGUCAUCCUUGUUGCAGUGGCUGCUCUCUUGCUCGUUUCCCUUCCUCGGUACGUGUCUUGACUCACACGUUCUGCCUUGCUACUUAGUGCUUGUGGGUUGAUUGUCCCUACUAGACAGGGGCCUUACCGUGAUGGCUGCAUUUGAGCUUCUUAUAUGCUUAUUCAGAAUCUUGAGGUGUAAGACUCCUCGCUGACUUGAGUACAUAUGACUUGUCAUUGUCGCAUUGUGACAACUUGUAUUGUGCUCUUUUUCCCUCGGCUCCAGAGUGUAUGCAUGCACACCUAACCCACAUCAGACUGCUGCUGCUGAUGAAGGAUGGAAACAUAGUCCAGGGGUGCAAAUCACAGUUGUGUGCACAUCACAGUGCACCAACUUUCCAG